AUGAAAUCUACAUCAUGUAUCAUGCUUUCUUGUCACUAUCGCCCAUCUCAUUCACUGUAUAUCACCUUGCAUGGUAGAUCGUUUGUUUCUUGGAUUGUAUUAUAUAUGAAGUACAUACCGUCUCAGUUUGUGUCGCAAUGUAUCUACUACAUAUACCAGGUUCAAACUAAUGCCAAUUCAAUGAUGCUCUCUCUACGCUUGGACAGAAUGGACCUAAUGAACAAACGGUAUCCAGAACAUUCUUCGCCAUAG